AGUAAUGUUAUCUCUGAUUUAUCCGAAGAAAGUUGGAUAACAGCUAUAUUACUUGGAACAAUUAUAAAGAAUUUGGUUGCUAAACUAACUGUGGAAAUUCAAUUCUGUAGAGAGAAUAUAGCUGAUUCUGAAAGAGUUUGUUUCCUGCUGAUAUUAGAACAGCUAUUUUGUAGAGACAGCACCUGUACAUGUGUGUAUAUAUAUCUAAGUUUGUCUACCCGUUUUCCUAACCCUACUUUUCCUUGAAAGCUGGGUAUAUUUCUUUUCCUAGCCUUAGUGUCGAUCAUGGAGGACCAAAGGAGAGGGGCUGGUUUAACAAAUCCUGUUACCAACAGUAGCAUUACUUACCCGUCUCAUGCUCAGGUUGGUGUCAAUCCUGGACUUGUUCAGGAAGAUCAGUACCCUCCUGGUUACAGGUUCAAGCCUCAAGAUCAAGAGCUCAUCUCGUGUUACCUGCUGUGCAAGAUCUGGAACAGACCAUUGCCACGCAGUGGUAUCCACGAAGUUACGUUAUACAAAUAUAACCCAGAGACUCUUGCAGAAAACUACGAACCAUAUGGAGAGGAGGAGGAAUGGUACUUCUUAACACCAAGAGAUAGGAAGUAUCCAAAUGGGGAUCGACCAAACCGAGCCGCAGGCGAUGGAUAUUGGAAGGCUACUGGAGCUGAUACAGAUAUUACAAACGGCAAUCAAGUUAUUGGAAGCAAGAAGACCUUGGUCUUCUAUAGAGGGAAAGCUCCAGGCGGUGCCAAAACCAAUUGGAUUAUGCAUGAAUAUAGAGCAAGCAAUUCCGAUGGAGCACCAAAACGGAAAAAUGAUGGUAUGAGGCUUGAUGAAUGGGUAUUAUGCAGAAUUCGUAACAAGAAUGAUAGUUCUCCUAGAAUUACUCGUAUCAAUGGAUUAGAGGAUGAUGAAAUUGAAGAUCAACCAUCGGAAAAUAAUGGAAAUCUGGUGCCACAAGAAGUUGUGGUUCCUAGUAUAUCUGAAUAUCAUAAUCCUGGAAGUCAGUUGGGAUAUCUUGAUACAUCAUAUGGUAAUUCUGUUUCUGCAUUUCCUCAGAAUUCUCGGAAUGGGCUGGUGGCCGGAGUCUCUCAAAAUCAUGCGGUUUAUAGUAGGAACACUGUGACUGGAAAUUUUAAUCCAGGAAGUCAGAUGGGAUAUCUUGAUAGCUAUGGUAAUUCUGCUUCUGCGUAUCUUCAGAAUUCUCAAAAUGGGCUGGUGGCAGGAGUCUCUCAAGAUUAUGCGGUUACUAGUGUUCCUACAGUGACUGGAAAUUAUAAUCCCGUAAGUCAGAUGGGUUAUCUUGAUAGGUAUGGUAAUUUUGCUUCUGCAUAUCUUCAUAAUUCUCAAAAUGGGCUGGCAAGAGUCUCUCAAGAUAAUGCGCUUCCUCGUAUUCCUCAAACUACUAACCUUCAGCUCGACCAAAGUUCUAGUUAUGUUCAGAAGACAAUUUUGGAUUAUGAGAUCAGUUCUUUUCAGUUCGGCGAUGGAGGUAAUAAUGAUUUCGGCGAAAACGACGACGAUUUGUUUGGCUUGGAUUAUAUCUUCCCCCCCUCGACGUCCUCCGAUGAUCGUAAUGAUCACCAUUAACCGCCUACAUGCCAAGCAAAUGAUAAUUAUGUAGUAGAAUUCCCUAGUUUAGGGAUUUUCUUUUUGGGCAUGAGGUCGUCAUGUAUAUUUUUAUGCGUUUUUUCCCUCUUAUAUCAAAGUUGAA